AUGUCUAAAGUACCACUUCCUGACUACCACGAUGAACUACAAGAUCAAAGGUCGCCACGAAAGAAGCGUGCCUUGAGCGAUAUAAACAAUACAUAUACUAACCCACCUACAAAACGGGUUGACAAUAAAAGACAUUCAUUGAGCUUCGAUAUGGCUAGAAUUGAUUUACCCUCUGAUAUGGAGACGCAUGCAUUCACAACACAUAUACCGCCAGCACCCAGUGGUUCGCUGUUUGCGUUAAAGAAUAUUGCAGAAAAGAACAGAAAAUCCAGUAACAUUCCUGCUCCAGCAAAAUCUGAAUUGAACUUUCAACACAUUAACAAGCUUAUAGGUAUAAAUCAGAACCUAUCCAAGAAACCCCAACCAGAUGCAACAUAUAGUAACCGUCCAACUCUACGGGCCAGAUUGAGCAAUGUAGAGCAAUCAUUUACGAGAGAUAUAACAAGACAAAGUGAAAUUAACCAUGAGCUAGAUUCUCAGGCCAAAAUAUCAGCAUCUAAGGUUGACGAACUAGAAUAUGAUUUGUUGGAACUAAAAAGAUCACUGAAGAAGCUUAAUCAUAAAUUAUCAGACUUGAAACAGACAAUAAACUCACAGAAGAAAAAAUUCGAGUUCAUGGAGGAUUCAGUUAUGAAGAAUGUAUUACAUAAAGAGCAGCUUAUCAAUGUUCAGAUUAAAGACCUAUCGAACAAGCUAACAACAGAAUACAAUGAAAUUAAAUUUCAGCUACUGGAUGAAUUGACAAAAGCGAAAUCUUAUAAGGAUAAGGGAGUGAUAGAAGACAUACAGUGUUUGAAUUCGAAGAUUGAACAGCUUCAGAACCAAUUUGAAGAAACAAAAUCUAGGAAACUACAGACAAUAAAAUGUGAAACCGCCGAACUUGAUAAACAACUAGACAAAUAUUUACUGGUAAAAGUUGAAGAAGUUGAUAAGUUGACCAAUAUUUACCAGGAGAAGCAAUCAGAGUAUGACAAGAUAUCGGCAAAGGUAGAAGAGAAAAAAAGUCAAGUUCUCUCAAAAGAGAAUGAGAAUACAUCUAUCAUAGAAUCUAUAAAUACGCUUAAAUCAAACAUGAAUAACUUCUCUGACAUAAGAUCAUCAUUGUUGACAGAUUUAAACGCAGAAGAGCAUACAUUAAUUGACUUGGAAUCAAAAAACAAAGAAUGGGAUGAACGCUUGGCAGAAUCUCAGAAAAAUUAUGAAAUGGCGUACGGCAAAAUGAGAAAGCACAACCAACAAAGAAGAGUUAUUGAAAACUCAAUAAUGGAUUAUGAAGGAAAAAUAAGGGUUUAUACAAAAGUGCCAGAUAUUAUAAGACUUACCGGAGAACAAGAAAUUCAGUAUGAGAACCAAUUUUUUAAAUUCAACAAAUGCUUUAAUUCUAAUGCGUCGAAUAGUGACAUCUUUGAUGAAUUUGGAGCGCUCAUCAAUAGCUCAAUUUUGGGAACUAACUGUUCAGUUAUAUUCUCUGGUAAUGCAACAAAUAACCUUAUUUUUGAUUCUAUCAUUUCAAGUCAUAAAAGUAUCGUCGAAAAGUCAGAGAAAUUUCGUAAGAAGGCAUGGGAAUUUAAUUGUUAUUUAAAGUGCGUUGCAAUCAGCCAAAAUUCGUCUGACAUGUUGAAUUCUUCAAGUCCAUUAUACUUGAAAAAGUUUGAUAAUAGCGACUACAGUCUCAGCCAAAUAUCUAGCCAGAAAAUGUCACUUGACGAUGAGUCAAGUCUAGGUGAAGUGAUAAAAAGUUUACAGAUUCCAGAAGAUGUAGAGGGAGUUGCAUAUAUAAUAAGCGUUGAUGCCAGUAAUCCCCGUUUAUUUAAAAGCUUUGAAUCUAAUAUUAUGUUAUUAGAUGUAACAUAUAUUAAGCCAUCAAGACAAUAUGAAUUAUUACAUACUCCAAUAAUCUCUCAUUCAUCAGUCUCAGAAGAUUUAAUAUUCCUACUAAACUAUGCAUACUCACAAAGCAAAUGUUUACAUAUAUCUUUACUUAAUGCCUUGCCAGAGACUGAAAUAAAGCAUUUUUUGAAGAAUUUGGAAAUUAUGAAUUCUACUGAUUCGCCUUAUAAACGGAGAAGUUAA